AUGUGUACAGAGUACCUGGCCCGCGCCAACGUGCCCUCCAAGCUGGAAGCGGAUUUGGCAGAUCCCUACUGCGAUGACUCUGUACGUUUGUGCGUCACCCGGCUGCUAGGCUUCGUGGCAGGCCGCAGCGCGGCAGUGGCGGAGCACCUCCUGCGGAGCCACGAGGCUCCGUUCCCCCAAUCUAUCGCUGGCCUGAUCGACAGCCGCGAUCCGGCGGCCCGGCUUUGCGCCAUCCACGCCUGGGCAACCAGCUGCCUUCAGAUGAAGGGCCUCACCUUCAUGCUUGGGUGGAAACCACUGCUGCAGGAGAUGGUGUCACUGGUCAGCGCCACGCAGAACGAGAUCGCCAAGGGGGCCAUGGACGCUUGGGUCAUCGUCCUGAAGGCUUGA